AUGACCAGGAUCGUCCUGGAUUUGUGCUCAGUGGUGCUCCUUGUGGCCUCUCUGGUGGCCAGAAGUCACGGGGAAAUGGGAUUUUGGGGGAAAUCCAGGCAAUUCGGAGCACCAUUCCAGGUGUCGCCCAGAGAUGCGAGAUGGCUCUCCCUCUUCACUGUGGUCCAGUGGGGUCAGGGACAGUGCGUGGCUCCCACGGGAGAGGUGGGCAACUGCUUCCCGGGGAAUGAGUGCCAAAUGAGAGGUGGAAUCCCGGCCGCUCCCUGUGCCAAUGGUUACGGAAUGUGUUGCGUUUUUGUGGCCAGUUGCGGUGGCAUAAUUAGGGAAAAUGGAACCUACUUUGUCAAUCCCAACCAUCCGGACACUUACGAAGGAACAGGAAGUUGCCAACUGACCAUCUACAAACUCCAUCCGGACAUUUGCCAAAUAAGACUGGACUUCGAUCACUUUUCAUUGAUGGGACCGGAAACUCUGAACCACGUUUGCAAUUCUGACCAGUUUCUGGUGUCUGGAGGAAGUCCAGCGCCGACAAUUUGUGGCACAGCAAUUGGGGAUCACAUGUACAUAGACGCUGGGAUGGGCGUCAGCAAUCCCAUCAUCCUGACAGUCAUCACGAGUGGAACUAACUUCGGGCGCGCUUGGAGGAUCAGAGUCACCCAAAUCCCUUGCGGAAGCAUCUCAAAGGCUGAUCAGGGAUGUCUUCAGUACCACACUGGAGUCAAUGGCAGAGUGCGCAGCUUCAAUUUUGACCUCACCAACGGUCGUCAGCUCUCGAACCAAGACUACAGCAUUUGUGUGCGCAGCGAGAGGAACUUCUGCAGCAUCCAGUACUCAGCCUGUCCUGACACAGUCAACAAUCGUUCGCGAUCCUUCACGCUGUCCGGGAAUAGCAACACUCUGGUGCCCGCCAUGGUGGGCAGCGGCGCCCAGAACAUUCCCAACUCCUGUCCCAGCGACUGGCUGAUGAUCGGCUGCGCCCGAGUGGCUGAUCGCCAGCCCACGAACUCCUACUGUGAGGAUCGGAUCUGCGGCGGAACCUUCAAUGCCGAGGUGAACAACAUUGAGAGAACUGUCGCUUCCAGUGUGCGUCCCUUCAGGCUCGCCUUCCACACGGACUCCACCGAAGCGCCCACGGAUUUGGACAAUCGCGGCUUCUGCCUAGAUUACGUCCAACAGCCCUGCACCAAUGGAUGA